CUCUUUACACCGUCCUAUGUGUUUGUAAAACCGCGACGGUGUAUGCAAUGCAGGGUAUCGCUGCUGGGUAUGGGUGUGGAAAUAUUACACAUUAGUUACGAUGACAGACCGAGAAGAGACGAAGAGACUGCUGGAUGACAGCGACGACGCUGACGAUGGUGAUAUACAUGAAAAUGUCCGGGAAGAUUCCAGCGAGAAGGAGGUUUUUAUUUUUGAGGAUGCCAUUAAGAGUACUGGGUAUGGAAAAUAUCACAUCUACAUCUUGCUUCUGUGUGGCUGGGCCGUGUCCAGUGAUGCUGUGGAGGUUUUAUCCGUUUCAUUCCUGUUACCGUCGGCAUCGUGUGAUCUGCACAUGAAUUCAGCGGAUAAAGGAUGGCUUAGUGCCAUUGUGUUUGUGGGUAUGUUGGUUGGAGGCUAUCUGUGGGGCUCCCUGGCUGAUCGGACAGGUCGAAGGUCAACACUGAUGUGGUCCCUGCUGCUGAACGGGGUGGGAGGCCUCGUGUCCAGCACAGCUCAAGUCUUCUGGUUCUUCUUACUCAUGAGGUUCAUCAGCGGAAUCGGGGUUGGUGGAAGUAUACCUGUGAUAUUUUCUUAUUUUGUUGAAUUUCAACCAAAAGACAGACGCGGAACAAUGAUUAGUGUGCUGGCGACAUUCUGGAUGGGUGGCAACAUCAUGGCAGCAGGUCUGGCAUGGAUCGUUAUACCACACAAAACUCUAGGAUAUUUUCAUCCAGAUUUCAUCUACAACAGUUGGAGGAUAUUCGUUGCUCUGUGCACCAUUCCAAGUCUUACUUCUGCAGCUGCUUUCGUUUUAAUGCCCGAAAGUCCAAAAUAUUUACUCACAAUUGGAAAACAUAAAGAAGCCAUUGCUGUUCUAUCUCAAGUAUUUCAUAAAAAUGGAGGGAAGGGAAUCUUUCCAGUCAAAUAUUUGGUGUUGUCCGAGGAUGAUAAGGAGGAGGUAACUCAACAUAUGGACGACAGACUGCACUUUUCCGAGAGUCCGUCACCGUGGUAUCGGUGUCACAUCAAGAACAAAUGUCUUUCACUAUUGCAGAGAACGUUUGAGUUGUUCAAUCCACAAUUAAGAAGAGGGUCCAUUUUGCUGAUAAUCAUCAAUUUUACACUGGCAUUUGGGUAUUAUGGUUUGUUCAUGUGGUUACCGGAACUAUUCAAUCGCAUUCAGAAAUACGGAGGCACUCCGUGUAACCUGGCACCCAUGAACGCUACCCAUAAUUCCACAGCAUGCGAAGAUCCAGGGAACCAGGUUUAUCUCGAGGGCUUUCUCACAUCCAUAUCCAACCUACCAGGAAACAUACUCACCAUCUUUUUAAUGGACAAACUCGGCAGGAAACUGCUUUUGUCAACCAGCAUGGUGCUGUCAGGACUGAUAGUGUUUUUCAUCAGCAUGGUGCGGACGAAUGUGGAGAACGUCGUUCUGUCCUGUGUGUUUGGUGCCGUGUCCACGAUCGGCUGGAACGCUCUCGAUGUUCUCUUCAGUGAACUCUUUCCUACCCGAGUCAGAUCAACGGCGUCGGGUGUGGUAAAUGGGGUCGGUCGUCUCGGAGCAAUUCUCGGAAAUGUUGUGUUCGGGCAACUUGUCGAUGUUAGCUGUGCCGUUCCCAUGAUCCUUGUUGCCACGCUACUUUCUUUUGGUGGUCUGUCGUCCUUAAAACUGCCUAACACCGUCCGUAUUGACAUCCACUGAGUGUCAUUAUGGUUGCAGACUGCACUGAACUCUUUUGUUGGGUUGUAAUCCUCAUUACACAUCUUGAUAUCCACCGAGUGUAACCAUGGUAACAAGCUGCACUACUUUCAGAUUGGUGGUUUGUCAGACUUGAAACUGCCCUAACACAGUCACUGUGCCUAUUUAUAUCCACCAAGAGUUGUUAUGGUAACAGUGACUGGUGACAGCACUACUUUCUUUUGGUGGUUUGCAUAGAAAACAUCACCGACUGCCUAACACUGCCAUUUGAUAUACACUGAAUGUUGUCAUGGUAACAGUGACUAGUAGCUGCACUACAAUCUUUUGUCAUACUUAAAGGGAUGGUCCUCAGUUUGCUGCCGUUGUAGGAUGUUUAUGACUAACAGAUCCUUUUUUAUGACUAAACUUACUUAUUAUAUACAUAGCAAUGAAAUAUAUAGAUCUACGGAAACCAUAAAAGUGAUAUCUGGUGAAAAGUCGUAUUUUCACUAUUUUAGCUACAGUGAAAAUAUAGAAAUCGUAUUUACUUUUUUGUAAAAGUGCAUGAUUAAAUUAUCUCCCUUUGUCUCAUUUCUUCGUAUUUAAAUCUGAUGAUUACCAAUGCAAUUACGAU